CUUCUACUGAUUGGGUCAUCAUAUUUUAAACAGAAAAAAAAUGUCAUAAAAUAGGUCCAUUAGCCCCGCUUCAAUUCUCCCGCCAUUUGUGAAAAGGAAAAGAGGGAAACAGCUCCAAACCCUAACUGGCCUAGUUCCUCGUCUAUCUGUGCAAUGUGGUCUGUACUCUAUGAUUCUUAUUCUCGUUAAAUUUAAUCCGCAGUACCGUUGAAUGAUUUUACUGCAUGUAUACUAUGUGAUGUUAUGACUUGACUGUAACUGAGUUCGUAAUUCUUCAGAAGCAUUUUUUCUGAACCACUUACAAUUUUGGUAAAGAAAAAGGGAGCCUGUCGAGCACUCGAGCUCUACUUUUGAUAAAUCCAGAGGAGAUUGCUUGGGCUUGCAGUAAUCUGGGUGGUACCGGAUUUCCUUGUAGUGAUUAUUGAAUUAAAUGAAGUUCAAGGCGUUUCUAACGGACAAUGGUGUCAACCUCCUGGACAAGAGGUUCCUGCCAGCCCUUGAAAAAAUGGGAAAGAUCUGUCACCUCUAUCUUACGAGAGACCACAUAUACUUCCUUCAUAACCUCCUUAAUGGUGAUGGCAUCCAAUGCAUUGCUCAAUUCCGCAAAGAAGCACUCUUUGAUGAGUAUCGCCUCUCUAGCCAAAAUGAUGAUCGGAUUUCUUUUGCUAUUGACCUUUCUCUUUUGCACCGUGCCCUUCACAGCAUCAUCAGUAUUUAUACCGAGUUCAGUGCCAGUGACAGUGGAGUUCCUGGUGGAAACAGCGCCCCUAACCGCAUCCAAAUCAAGCUGGUAAAAAAACUCCCUCCUCAUUCUCAACAACCAAUGCCUUUUCUCACUUUUGAGACGAAAGGUUACAAGUCUGCUGUUAUUCAAGAUGUACCCAUCUCUAAGCCUUUGUCAAGGUCUGAUGUACUUGAAUUACAAGCAGCCCUUGAUAUGGCCCAAGAUUUGCCUCAGACCCUUAUACAAGUCCCAGACAUGCACCAGUUACAGAACUUCGUGGAAAAAAUGAAAAAUGUCGGUGACGUCCUUAAUGUUUCUAUAAGCAAGUAUGGUGAUCUCCAUCUGCAAGUUUCAACUAGCCUAAUUACACUUGGUGCUGAGUUCCGGAAGCUGUCAGUUAUAGGAGAACAAGCACAGAGUCCAACAGAUGAUCAAAAUUUGAGUGCUCAGUCAAGGACGAGAAUAGCACUUCAGAGAGGAGAUGCAAUGACAGUGCAAGUGAGUGUAAAACAUUUCUUCAAGAGUCUUCAGUGUCAUUCAGCAAAGCCCGAUUGUGCUUUCUAUGGGGUUGCUCAGCAGGGUGCUUGCCUAACAGUCGUAUUUCAGUUCUUCAUCCCAGGCACACAUCAAACUGAUAAGGCAAUCAGUCUACAUUGCCGGCUACCUGUCCUUGAUCCUGGAACUAGUUGAAAAGUUGCUAAAUUAAGAUUUGUAUUUCUUUGGCUUAAAGGUGCUUUUGGCUGUUUAACCUUCCUAAAUUCCUGGCUGGUCAUGUGAAUACUGUCAUAGACUCAUAGCUGAAAGCAUUAGUCAUCAUAACAUGGAUUAUAGUGUCCUUUCUGUAUAAUUAAAUGAAGACUUGAUUUUGUGGAUUCAACUCUCGGUGCUUCCUCAAGACA